AUGCUGUUGGAGUGUUUGCAAGUCAUUAACACGGAAUACUCAAGAACUCCUGGCGACAAAAGCUUCGGAUUGCCGGCCUCCAUCAUAACACAAUUACACAGUAAUGCGACAAAUGUGAUUGACCACCCUCCGCCAGCCCGGACAUCGGAUUACGGCGGCGGCGUGGGUGGCGGUGGGGUGGCAGUAGCAGCCACUACGACGAAUGCCACUGUUCCGGAUUACGUCACAUCCACGGACCUGUUCCACCUCUCGGCUCUUUUCAACGCAACUGAUUCCAAUCCGCUUCCGUCCAACGCCACGGCCAGCAAUCGAGAUGCCUUCGACGGCGGCGAACUUCCGCAGAUUCCCUCCUACAUCCGUGUGACCUCCAUGGUCUUCUGCAUCGCGAUAAUGGUUCUGGGAGUGAUUGGCAACAUAAUGGUGCCUCUUGUGAUUAUCAAAACGAAGGAUAUGCGGAACUCCACCAACAUCUUCCUCACGAACUUGAGCAUUGCCGACCUGCUCGUGUUGCUCGUCUGCACUCCCACCGUCCUUGUGGAAGUGAACACUAAGCCGGAGACUUGGGUCCUGGGACAGGAGAUGUGUAAAGCCGUGCCAUUUGUGGAGCUAACAGUUGCGCACGCCAGCGUUUUAACCAUUCUAGCCAUUUCGUUUGAGCGGUAUUAUGCAAUUUGCGAGCCGUUAAAGGCGGGAUACGUUUGCACUAAAACGAGGGCUCUGCUGAUUUGCUUUAUCUCUUGGACCAUUGCAGCACUCUUCACCAGCCCCAUUCUACUCUUUGCGGAAUACAAGUUCGAGGAAUACAUCGACGGAACGUACGUAGCUGUGUGUCUUACACAAGCCUCGAGUGGAUGGACAGCGGGAUUCUUUCUGAUGACAAUUUCUAUUUUUUUCGUUUUGCCCCUCAUUAUCUUAAUAGUAUUAUACGCUCUAAUAGCGCGUAACCUGAUCUCAAAACACGACGGAAUGGUAAAGAUAAGACCAAACAAACCAGAACUAAGUUAUAAAGCGAGGAAGCAGGUUGUUCUUAUGCUCGGAGCUGUUGUUCUCUCGUUCUUCUUGUGCCUGCUUCCGUUUCGGGUCCUUACCCUCUGGAUCAUAAUCGGGUCGCAUGAAGCGUUUAUGAAUAUAGGGAUAGAAGCAUAUUAUAAUAUUUUAUACUUCUGCCGGAUCAUGCUAUACAUUAACUCAGCAAUCAACCCGAUUCUAUACAAUAUUAUGUCAUCGAAGUUUCGUAAAGGCUUCUUGAAGCUGUGCUUCUGGUGGCAACCCUUCAACAGCAAUCUAAAGGUGAGACCCAGGACAGCGACCUUCAAUACCACAACCACUUCAUCCAGUGUCCUAUCUCGCAGUUUCACGAGAAGAUCUAGUGAACACAAAACGGUGGAUGACUUGAAGCAUAAAGUCGACAUGAAAAUCGUUUCCCAGGAAAUAAUUGAGCAAGAAUGUGAGCUGCGGCUGUUACGAAACGUUUCGAAUUCUGUCCACUUAGUGAAUAACGCGGAUAAUUUUCGUCGCCUGGCAAUCUCGAAUCGAUCCAACAUGCACUGCCCGCAGAGGACUUCCGAUAAUGCUUUCCCAGAUGACGUAGAGGCUAUUAAAGAAGUCAAAGUAUUACAAUAGUAUCGAAAAGCCGAAAGGAAAAUCUGAUAUCACCAGUGUGGCAUCUCGAUCUCAAACGUUAAGUGAAUAAGAACUGGCAAAAGUUCUGUAUGGCAACUGUAUCGAGAAUGAAUGCAAAAAGCGUUCCAGAUUGGUAACCAAAUUACGAUGAAUAUGACAAUGUAUGAGGACGAGAAGAUGGCACUAAUCAUAGACAACAAUCUAUUCACAAAAAUUGAAAAUAAAAACGUUGGUCAUGUUUGUACGUCAAUAUAUCAACAGUAGGUGAAGAACACGCUUUCAGGUUAUUGUUCCCACAUAAAUCAAUGAGAUUAAUUUCCGUAAUAUUCACUUUCUAAUUUUCGGAAAUUAUCUCUUUCCUCCUAUCAGUGGAGUCAUAUUUCAAGCUGCCAUGUUUGCUCUAAAUUACCUCCCAAAAUCUGUUAAAAUAUGUUUUCUGACUGAGUUAUUGGCUGCAUAUAUGCAUUCAACAAAGCGCCCAACACAUUUCAUGCAUAAAUUGCUAAUUUAUAUCGUAUUAAUUACGUUAGGAGAACGUGCAACACCAAGGCGAACCUCUUGAAGCUACCAUCGCUAGUUAGGUGCCAUCUUCAAGGCUUCCGAUAAAUUGCGAAUAAUUUUCAAUAUUUAUGUAUGUAAAUAUAUACAAAUGCCCGAAAGAUAAAUAUUGUUCAAGUUCGAAGUAUCCAAUGGCUUUUGAGAUGAUAUUGUCGUAAUGAGCUUUUAACGAACAAUGCAGAUUGUAAAAAAGUCAUCUUUAAGAUGAAUGGCGAGGUGAAACUGAAUCGGCCAAAAAUGUACAAAAUUAUAUAUGAAUGUGUAGACGUAUAAUAUCUGGAAGACAAUGGUUUUGCUUUUUCAUUAAACAAUUGUGGAAUGUUUGAAUGUUUGUAACGGAAAUUAGAAUUUGAA